AUGCUUCUGUGGCUGCUGCUGCUGCUGAUCCUGGGUGAUUCCUUUUUAGGAGUAACUCUAAAAGCUUUCUUUCUCCUCAACCCUCCAUGGUCCACAAACUUCCACAAAGACAAAAUGACUCUCACAUGCAGGGGUUCCCUUUCUCUACCCCAAGGAGACAUAUCUUGGUAUUAUAAUGAGAAUUUGUUGAAUAAAAAAUCUGAAGAGAUCCAAAUAGACAAGACUGGAUAUUACAAAUGCAAGACCCAAAGAUCUUCUCUCAGUGACCCCAUACAUGUGGAUUUUUCACUUGACAAGCUGACCCUUCAGGCUCCAGACUCUGUCUUUGAAGGAGAUGAGGUUGUUCUCAGAUGCCAGGCGAGAGGAGAAGCAAAAGAAAUACAUUUUUACAGAAAUGAAUAUCAAAUUCAACCAAACUUCACUCUAAAGUCAGUCUCCAGGAACGAUGACAAAUAUCACUGUUCUGCUCUUAUAAGAGGCUUUUGGGGAUGGAAGAAAGAAAAUUCAAAACAUCUAUCGAUUCAAAUUCAAGAGCUGUUUCCCCCUCCUAUGCUGAUAUCCAGACCCUCCUCACCCACAGAGGGGAGCCCGGUGACCCUGAAAUGUGAGACGUGGCUCCCUCCACAGAGGUCAGACAUUCAGCUUCGAUUCUGCUUCUUCAGAAAAGAUGAGGCUUUGGGGUCAGGCUGGAACAGCUCUCCAGAGCUCGAAUUACCCACUGUGUGGAGUGAAGAUGCAGAGUCUUACUGGUGCCAGGCAGAGACAGUGACUUCACGUAUCAGAAAAAGAAGCUUGAGAUCCCAGUUAUAUGUGCAGAGAAUCCCUGUGUCUGAUGUAAAUCUAGAGAUCCAGCCCCCUGAGGGGCAGCUUACUGAAGGAGAAAAUCUGCUCCUUAUCUGCUCAGUAGCCAAAGGAACAGGGACUGUCACAUUCUCCUGGCACAGAGAGGGCACAGUAAGAAGUUUGGGAAGAAAGACCCAGCGCUCCUUGUCGGCGGAGCUGCAGAUACUCACUGUGAAGGAGAGCGAUGCUGGGAGAUACUACUGUGCCGCUGACAACAUUCACGGUCCCAUCCUCAGUAAACUGGUCAGAGUCACACUGAGCAUUCCAGUAUCUCGCCCUGUCCUCACCGUCAUGUCUCCUAGGAUGAAGGCUAUGGUGGGGGAUGUGGUGGAGCUUCACUGUGAGUCCCAAAGUGGCUCUCCUCCUAUCUUGUACCGAUUUUAUCAUGAGAAUGUCACCCUUGGAAGCAGCUCAGUUCCCUCUGGAAGAGCAGCCUUCAAAUUUUCUCUGACUGUGGAACAUUCUGGAAACUACUCCUGUGAGGCUGAGAAUAGCCUGGGGGUCCAGCGCAGUGACAGGGUGAUUCUCAGUGUCACAGUUCCAGUGUCCCAUCCUGUUGUCACUUUCAGUCCUGCUGGGACCGAGGCUGUGGUGGGAGAUGUGUUAGAGCUCCGCUGUGAGGCCCAAAGAGGCUCUCCCCCAAUCCUGUAUUGGUUUUAUUACAAGAAUGUCACGCUGGGGAGCAGAGAGGCCCCCUUUGGAGGAGGAGCAUCCUUCAACCUCACUCUGAUGGCAGAGCAUUCUGGAAACUUCUCUUGUGGGGCUGACAAUGGCCUAGGGGUACAGCACAGUGAGAUGGUGAUACUCAGCAUCAUAGGACCACCCAGUAACAAAACAUCCCUUGUCACUGAGGGAGUCACCGCAGGGUUACUGAGCAUCCUUGGCCUUGCUGCUACUGCUGCUCUGGUGCAUCACUUCAGGACCCAAAGGAAUUCAGGUAAUCCCAGGGAAUUUCAGGAACCUUCCGGAACCUCCAACACAAAUCCCCAAGAGCCACUGGACCCAGUGCAACUGCAGCCAGUGUACGACAAUGUGAAUCCUAGAGAUAGCGACCUGGUUUAUUCUGAGAUCUGGAGCACCCAACAUACAAAAGAAAAUUCAGCAAAUUCACCAAGGAAACAUCGGGAAGAUAAAGAGCCCACAGUCAUCUAUUCAGAUGUGAAGAGGGCAUAUCCAGAUGACUCUGCAGGGCAAGCCAGCAUUGGAGAUAGUGACCUUGAAGAUGCUGCAGAAAACUAUGAGAAUGUUCCAUGCAUAUUAUCAGCCUUAGACCACUAG